AUGCCGCACGCCAGUGCGCCAGGUGAACCAUUGAACGUAACCGUGUCCAAGUCGACACCAAAUGGCCGCUUCAUUGUCUCUCGGCUGUCGUGGUCAACCGGGGACAAGUAUCCUUCGUGCAAUUACGCCCUCGACAUUCUGCCGGACCAGUGGAAUGUUCCCUCUUCUCAUAUUAAACUUUCCAAGCCGUACGAUGUGUUCCACUACGACAUACGUGGUCUCCGGUUUGACACCAACUACACGCUGGUACUGCGAAGCACAGACACUACGGAGAAACUGAGCAGCGGCCCGGUCACUGUGUGGUUCAAGACGCCCAGCUGCUUGGACUGCUACCAGUUCAACUUCAGCCUGUGCGCUCCCGGGCCACCCAGCCAACUGAUGGUACACGAGGUGGAGCGUCCCUCCUCGACUUGGGUGGCACCGCCCAGUCACGGCCUCCAGAUCGCCUGGUCGCCACCUGCCUACGCCUCAGAGGAGAACCGCCUACUCGGCUACCAGGUGACCAUCGAGGAGGAGAGGUCAAUCUUCGACAUCCGGAAAAAGCCGACGCGCAGGAUCAAGCGGACUGUAAACGCAGAGACGCAGCAGCUGAGCGUGUCAGAGAUCUUGGAUGGCGCCCUCUACCGGGUUCUGGUGCAGGCGCAGAGCCCCGCAGGUCUGGGGCAGCCGGCCGUCACAAAGUACAGCCGAUACAACACCAUUUUGUUCUGGAGCAUCGGGAUCUGCGUGGUGUUCGUGACUAUGGCCACGUCGGUUGCCUUGUGGUUCGCCAUCCAGCAACGACGACGUCGAUUGAGGGCAGUCUCCGAAUGGGUGCGUAUGUAA